AUGUCCAGAUUAAGGCAAUUUAAUAACAAGAUUUUAGAAAUAGGCCAAGAAAAUAGCUUUACAAGAGAUACGGAUGAUAUUGAUGAUAUGGUACCAAUUGUACCGAUAGACUCACAAGAACAAGAAGAGUUGAUUGAGAAAUUUACUUUAAACAAUCAUUUACGAAAUAAUUGGUAUAUCAAAGUCUUUACAAUCUGUUUCCUAUUAUGUGCAGGAUUAUUUUUACAAUCUGCCACAACGAAACAUACUGACCAUACUUUCUUAUUCUUAAUAUGUUUCCAAUCAAUUAUAUGUACAUGCAUAACACUAAGGUAUGAAUUACUUCAUGAUUAUAAGAUAUUUGGUUUGAAGAUGAUUCGUGUGAAAAAUUCAACGAUAAACGCAAUAAAUUGCAUUCUUUUAGUUUUGAUCGGUUGGAUUAGUUCAUCCUCCUUCAAGGAACAAUCUAUUAUCUUUUUAAUAUCCCAAUUGCCUCUUUUAUUAUUUAUUAUCGGAGCAUUACUGAAAAAAUGGAUAAAAGAUAUGGAAUUAGAAGUUGCUGGGCUACGUAAUAUGAAAUAUAAGUAUAAGAAUGUUUAA